AUGUAUUUGACGGAAAGAGAGAGGGAAAGAGGUGGAAAAGAAGAGGAAGAGAAAAAAUUAUUAAUAACAAGACUUACUGCUAUUGAAGAUGGAGAUCGAUCAAAAUUAUCAAAUGAGACAAAUACGGCAAAUUGUUUAGUGAAUGAGGUGAAGCAUUUAAUACAAUCGCAAAUCUUAACGCAGUAUGACAACGUGACAAGAUCCAAUGUUGGUACAGAUCACAUCAAAGUGACAAAAGUUAAUCAUCGCCGAAAGUGCAUCGUCAAAAAAAGAAUUUUGUUAGGACAAGAUUUGAAGCAAUAUGUGGAAAAACCUCUGCAAUGA